GCGUACGCCGGUAGCCGGUUUCAGACUAGCUCGUCGUUUGAUUUGACGCCGGAUCUGCGCACGCAAAUCCGGCGAGCAGCCGUUUUCGCAAACUCGCGCCGGUCAAGAAAGAGCGGCUACCCGGCUAUCAAGAUGGCGACGGAAAGACCAAAGACAAGUGGUAAACACAUGACAGAGAUCACCAUAACAUAUGAGGGCAGCGACACCACUAUAAUGGUCGACGAAAAGACGCUGAUUGGUCUGAAGAACCGUGAUCAAGGAACUCUGGACUUUGUUGUUGAGAUCAUCAGGAAAAUGAGAACCAGUGAAAAGGACUGCAGCCCAACUGACACAGGUAUGACUAUGUCAGACUCAGAUGACCUCCCAGAUCCAGCCCCUGUCAAUAAUCAAAUACCUAUUCCGGGUAUUCCCACAGCUCCGACAUCUUGGGGUGAAGCGUCUGAAAAAUUACUCUUGAAAUUAUUCAAGCAACAGGAAGAACUAAACCGGCCUGUAAAGAACAGAUGGGCUACGAUAGCCAAAACAAUGGCCAAACAUGAGUAUGACUUCUCUGCGGAACAGUGUAGACUGAAAAUAAAGAGCUUGAAGGAGCGACACCAUCGUUACCAGAAAAAGCAGGAUAAGUCAGGGGAGGGAGCUCCAGAUUACAACGAAGUGGACCAAAGUAUGGAUGAGGUGUUCAGUUCCAUGCCAGAUGUAAAUCCAGUGUUUGUUGUUGAUUCUGGUAGUCAAUCCAGCUCAGAAGUACCCGGCCAGUUGUCAAGUGCCUGUAAACGCCAAAAAGGCUACCUCUGUUCAAUCAGGAGACCUGGAAGCUCCCAGCAAGCGCCCCAGGAGGUCCGUGGAAAUCAUGAAAGAAUAUUUCUCCGAUGUCCUUAAAAAUAAGGAAGAUGAGAAUGAGCGACGACAUCAAGAAAAGAUGGAAAUUGCCAAGUCCAUGGUUGAUGUAUUAAGGGAAUUGGCGGCCAAAAAUCAUUAGAGUGAUAAGAGAGAAAAACUGUUCCGUGGAAAAUUCAUAAAACUGUUGAUUUUAAAUAUUUGUUUUUAGUCAUGACUGCUUCAUUUUAUCACCAAACAGUCUGGUUAAAUUUAUUGUUUAUAUUAUUUGUGAUACGUGUUGGUUAAAUUUAUUGUUUAUAUUAUUUGUGAUACGUGCUACACUCUGUAAUGGUUUUGUCUAGACAACAUGAUUAAAAUAUGAUAAAGGAUAUGUUUCAUUUUCAUUAGAGACCAAAUACUAAUAUACUUGUGGGACACUGCGUCAUUUAGACCAAGACAGAAAAGAUUUAGGUUUUAGAUACAUGUAUGUCAAGAUUGUCAUAUUUGAUUUGUUAGAUUUUCUUAUGUAUAUAGGAGUUUGAGUGAUAAUCAGGAAAGAACCGGUUUUUAUUUUACUUUUGUUAAUUAUUACUUUUUUUAUUUGUUUUAUUUUGAAUGUUCUGAGCAAAUUAAAUGUGAAACAGG